UUGAUCUAAAGAUGAAAGUAGUAGUAUGACUUCAUACUGGAUCAGACGCGAUUUCAAGUAGCACAACUAGCAUAAAUAAGAAGCUUUCAUUUUACAAUAAUAUAAUUCGAAGGCGGGUUAAAUAAAGAUUUUAUUCAAAAUUUUGAUACCGUCUAGUCUCCGAUUAACAGCACCAAAGUGUCGAAAGUGGAUUGCGCUACUCUCGUUACACUUUCGUCAUGGCAGCGUGUGACAGCGAGUAAUGUCGGAGAUUGGCAGUUCGGGACUGUUCAAGACUGAGAGAGACGGUACAUAGUCCGAAACGUCGUAUGAUUGACAACCCGCUCGUUCCGAGCACUUUAAGAAGCCGCGCGCGCGAGAGGUCGGCAGAAAUCGUUCGAAAUCUCGAACGUAUGAGCGUGCCAGGAGUAACGCGUGUCGAAGUAAAUGUCAAGUUUACGGGAAUGAACGGCAGUCGCGUCUAGUUGGAUCGCGUGCGUGAUUCGCGUCGCAGAAAUGUCAAAGCGCGCCUCGUUGUUCGCGUGCCGACAGUGAGACCUCCUCGCGAGCAGCGAGUGAUCACCGAGCGAGCGACAAUCCCGGAGGGACAAAGCGCGGCUUCAUUGAGCAACCAUGAGUUCCGUCUGGAAACGCCUGCAACGGGUGAACAAGAGAGCCGCCAAGUUCCAGUUCACGGUCUCCUACCAUGAGGUUACUCUGGAGACGACGACGAAAUGGAAACCAAACAAGCUGAGCGUUGUUUGGACAAGGCGAAGCAGAAGGGUCAGUUCGGAACCCUUAGAUUGGGAGCCGAGUCUGAGCGAUCCGUUGAAAGGUGUUAUCAGCUGGGCAGUUCCUGACAAUCAUACGGUUUCUGUGACGCUGUUUAAAGACCCGCGAACGCAUGAACUAGAAGACAAAGAUUGGACGUUUGUCAUCGAAGAUGUUUCGGUAACGGGCAAAAGGCGUCAUGUAGCCGCUGCUAAUAUAAAUAUGAAGAAAUAUGCAACUUUAGAAUCUAGUCAACAACAACUCAAAUUAGACUUAAAGCCAACUUCUAAAAAGAUCGUUAGCGCUACGCUCGAGUGUACUUUGUCAUGCGUGUUUUUGCGGGAGGGUAAGGCGACGGAUGAGGAUAUGCAAAGUAUGGCUAGUUUAAUGUCGGUUAACAACAACAGCGACAUCGCGCCGUUAGAUGAUUUUGAUAACGAAGAUAUACCCGAAGACGUUGAGGAGGUGUCGGUAAAGAAUCUGGACGAGAUUCUGGAUAUCUCGGCUCAGCUCGAUCUAAUGACGAGCAGUCUCACUGAGAGUGAAUUACCCAGCACUCCCAUAAGCGUGGCGAGCUUGUCGAAGGAUGAUACUACCCCUGUAAAUGACGGGGAACAUUUCAUACGCGAUAUUAGUCUAACGGGAAUCGGAGACUCCCUAAAGGAAAAGUCGCCCAUGAAGGAUAACGUUUCUGUUGAAAAUGACAAAAACAUUGAACACAGCACGAUGAGAUUGCCGUUGCAGCCGCUGGACCUUAAGAAGAACGACGCAAACGUUCCGAGACUGAAGGAGAUUACUCCUGGGCAGGAUUUACUGGAAUGGUGCAAGGAGGUCACGAGGGACUAUCCCGGUGUUAAAGUCACUAAUUUGACGACAUCUUGGCGAAACGGAAUGGCAUUCUGCGCGAUUAUUCAUAAUUUCAGACCCGAUCUGAUGGAGAUCGAUUCGCUGUUGCCGCACGAUGUGAAGGGCAAUUGCAAGAAAGCGUUCGAUGCCGGCGAGGUUCUGGGAAUACCCAGAGUUAUCGAACCGGCGGACAUGGACAUAUUAACUGUACCUGAUAAACUAGCCGUGAUGACGUAUUUGUAUCAAUUGAGAGCGCAUUUCACCGGCCACGAACUAGAGGUACAUCAAAUAGGCAAAACAACAGACGAAUCUUCUUACAUGAUUGGCAGAUUUAACACGGACAACAAUACGGACGUGAGUGUCCAGCUGUUCGGUCAGGAGAUCAUUAACUUGCGGAAGAAGGAACAGAUCGAGCAGAAGAAUAACAAAGCGGACAGCAACCGACGAUCGAAUCCGUUUGACAAUAAAAAGGAUGAUAUCAGCAUUGACUCGUUGAAGAACAAGCUACAUUUGAGUCUGAAUACCGACAAUCAGGAUCACGAUCAAUGCAACAAGGAUAAGUCGCCGUCCAGCGUGAAGGAGGUCAAGGAUAUCAUCCUAGCCAGUUCGAAGAGUAUUUUGGGCAAAGUGUUGUCGCCGACUAAGGAGAAGUACUCGUCGAGAGAGAAGAGCAAGUCUCCACCGAGAGUGCAACAAGCGCAGCAACGUCCGAUACUUAUGACACGCCGGCAAUUAACCGAUCCAUUCGGCUCCGAUGACGAAGAGGAGAACAUACAGAUAGUCGACGACAAAUGGUCGCAAUCGAUCUCGAUCACUAAAUCGCAAAGUCCGGUCCGUGACGAUUCACUGAAUUCUGGUGAUAGAGGAAGUCGGGGUAGUUCUGAAUGUCAAGGUGCAUCGCCGCCGCAUGGAGAACAACGUUCACAUUCGUUAGUUAGUCGGCACGAUGAAUUGCGAGAGCGUGCGAGACAGCUUUUGGAACAAGCCAGAAAUCAAACUAAGCCAGCUGGAUUCAUCUCUGCUGCGAUCAGUCCUAUCGAAGCACAAAACGACGACGUCAGACAGCAACAGCUGCGCGAGAGAGCGAGGCGCCUGAUAGCGGAAGUAAAGAUGGGCGUCACUGUAACUCCCAGUCAGCUGAAUGACGACAACAGCAGCGAUAGACGAUCGAUAGACGAUCAAAAUAAUAGCCCUAGACGUAGCAUCACUCCGUCAACACCCGGCGAUAGGCUCAGUAUAAAGUCCGAAUAUAAUGGAAAUAUACUGGGGAACACGAGUGUGAUGGAUGGAGAGAAGAAAACUGGUUCGCCUUUGUACUCCUUCUCCAAAAUUAUAGAAAGAAUCUCACCCGAUAAAGGAAGUCCCGACAGAACCCCAUACACGCUUCGAGGGCUGGGUAAGGACAUGUCGUCUUAUAUUCAAAAUGAGCUAGAAGCCCUUGAAAGGGAACAGAAUCAGAUCGAUAUACAGGCUGGCAAGCUCGAAAAGCAACUGAGAGCGGCCAUGGAAAGUGAUAACGAAGACGAAACGGAAAGACUGAUGUCUCUGUGGUUCACGCUGGUUAACAAGAAGAACGCGCUCCUAAGAAGGCAAAUGCAAUUAAACAUAUUGGAAAAAGAAGAUGAUUUGGAGCGACGGUUCGAGCUGUUGAAUCGUGAAUUGAGAAGCAUUCUCGCGGUGGAAGAGUGGCGGAAGACGCCCGAACAAAAAAUGCGUGAAAAUUUAUUGUUGGAGGAGCUGGUGUCUAUCGUGAACAAGAGAGACGAAUUGGUGCAUCAUCUCGACACGCAAGAGAGAGCCAUUGAAGAUGAUGACGAGAUAGAGCGUGACUUGUCCCGCGCUGGACUAGCUCAACGAAACAAAAAUUGCGUCGUGCAAUGAGGAGUUAAUUGUCUAUCACGUUUUUCCGAGACUAUUUUCAAGAUGCAGUUACGUGCAAAUGCGUCGUUUCUUGAUGUUUCUACAGGCAUGACCCAUUUUGCUGUGGCGUUGCCAAAGAGUCGACGAAACUAGAUAUUGCAGAGUUAAUAUGUGUGACGUUUGAUGGUUUACAAACAGAUCAUUUCUAGGGGAUCUUUUUACUACACGUGAUAGAUUAAUUUACAAGGAUGAUUUAAUACUCCGUCAACUGCUUUAGAUACGAGCGCAUCGGCGAACAACUCGCAACGUUGAUUAAAAUCUGAAAAUAUUGGGGCAUCGGACGAAUGCUGAUCAAUAUGUGUAUGGUUUUUGUAUGUUACUCAACAUAAUGACGAUUAUUUCACGUGAUAAGCAUUUUGCUACGUGCUUUAAAUGGAAUAUCGCGCAUUAGUAGGAUUGCGCGCAAGUAGAUGAAAACGAUACGCGCUGUGGAGUUGGAAAUCAUGCAAAACAAUCGAGUAGAGUAAAGUAGAGAAAAACAGAUGCGAGAUUAUUCUUUUCUAAAUAAACGAUUAGCAAAGUACAGCAACUGCAGACGCAAGUUGAGAGUUGAGAAAAAUGGGAAAAGAGUGGCAAAAGUAUGCUUUAACAAUUUUGUGGCCAUAUUGGCAAUCCAAGAGAUCUAAUUAUGAGAUUAUUUAAUUUUGCAUUAAAUAAAUUUAUUUAAAUUGAUUAAUACUUGGUUCAAGAACGUGAAUGCAAGAAUGCAAUUAUUUUUUAAUUACAAAGUGGAGCACUUAAUUUAUGCGAAAAUUUAUUUAAUCGUCGAGAUAUCGAAGACCAAAGAAUUGUAAGUUAUUACUGUGAAAAUUUGAGCACUUCUGCUAUCGAUAUCAUUUCUCUAUUGAUUUCCCAGUGUUCUUGAUACUAUUAAAUAACUAUUCUACAUAACUAUCUACGAAAAAGUGGGCUAUUGUGCAAGAGCAUGUGCGAGGUAUGCGAAGAUUAAUUCAGCAGAUAUAUAUUUCGUCACGUUAUUCAUUUAAAUUGAUUAUCGUGAAGAGUAGAUUAUUGAAUGAAGGCAGAUUGCGCUGACGUUAUAUACAUUUCCGGACUCGCGUUAGUCUCGUCGAGAUCAUUCAGAUGUACUCUAUUUGUGCCAUAUCUGUGUGAACGUUGGAAAACUUUUUACGUCUUAUUUGACGAGCUCACUCGUUACAAUGCAGGAGAACCCGACGAUUUUUACUAUUGCAGUAUGCUAUUUUGUGGAGCAAUUACUACGAUGUAAUUCUUAUGUGGUAUGUCUGUGUAUAAAAAAUAUUGUGUUGACUGUAACAUUUCGACCAAGUGGCGUGUUAUUUUUCAAGCGUUUCACCACGUGAAUUAACCACGUUGCACGAAGAGAAGAGAAGAAACAGAUGUGAUCGUUCAAAAUUUCUUCCCUUUCAGUAUGCAUUCGGCCUAACGGAUCGCGUAUUGGAUAUUGUGCACGAGCAGAAAAUCAUGCUUAUUACAUCCUGUUGUUACGUUCAGUGUUCAAGUUAACGUUAAUCCUCCUGUUGAUGUUUGAGUCAUCUUUAUCACUGCUGAUUUAGUAUAGCCCUUGAGAAUUGAGAAGGUGUGCUACGUUGGUAUCCGUUAAGUGAUCUCUCUCUCUGUUUACAAGUACCCGCAAGUUGUGAACUUUACGUUAACAUAUAGCAACAUAUACAGACAGUUCGUAAGUACAAUUAAGAGCGUGUUACAAUGAAGAGUUUCGGCGCGGAUGCUCAAAAACACUGAAACUUGAAUAAUAAAAACGAUGUAGUUGGGGACAGUACGAAUGUAUAUAUGUCCUGAGCGAGAACCGUAUGAAAACCGCCCUCCUGAACUGUCGGAACACAUAGUAUUGAGAAGUAGAGUAGGAGCAAACCUUCGGAGAACAUCAGAGGAACGAUCCCUUUGAUGUCGUAAUAUGUACCUAUCGUGAUUAGAUCGAGUAAACGUCUUGAAUGCAUUUUAUAUAUUUGUUCUUUGUCAUAAUAUGCUAGUUUCUCGAAACCGAUCAAGAAGAAUCAAGCUGCGCAGUCAUGCAAUCGCUACAUAGUCGAUGCAAUAUCGGUGUGACUGAUUCUCAACAUUGUGCGACACGGUACUUCGUACCACUGAGGAAGGAGAUAUUUCAGACUGCAAGAUUAUCUCUGCUCCGUUAGACCGAAUCAGCCACUCGUUACAUGAUCUCAAUCUGAAAUUCAAAAUAUACUAAAAAUCUUGAAUCGGCACAAACCAAAUCUAGCUCUGACAUGGUGCAGCCACCUGCGAGUUAUAAUUUACACGAACGCGACUGUGUAAAAGGGGCUAUCGAUUUCGAGCAGAUGGUAUAUAGAUAAUUUAGCAAUAAUUUAUUAUUUUCUCUAGUGCCUAUGGAUACUUGUAUUUACGUUAAUGGAAUUUAGCACAUUUAAUUAAUUAAUUUUAAUUUAUUUUACUCUGUAUUACUAUGUAUGAGAGAUAUAAUUAUUGUAAAGAUAAUCGUUCUUGCCAAUGCUAUAAUCUUGUGGAGAUGUUCUAUUUUCCUUCGUCGAUAUUAAUCGUGAUAUAUGUAAGAGGGUGCGAGCGAGCGAGCAAGGGAAACGUAUCACGCAAUAUCCGCCAUUAAUAAAGAAAGACUUAUAAAGCACUACAGAAGUAAUAAAUAUGAUGUUGAUAAUACCACG